GAGCACGGCCCGCUACACUUUGAUUUCCUGUAUCUCGCUGAGCACUGCUUUGCAUCUGGGCUUGGAUAUCUGAUCCCUUCCACCAUGAGCUGCAGCAUCAAGAGAACAUCCUGCACCUCGUACAGGAGUGGAGGAGGAGGUGGUGGAGGYGCCUGUGGUGGCGGCAGCGGCCGCGGCUCCUCGACAUCUUGCCAUCGCUACGCCUCCUCCAUGAUCGGCGGGGGCAGCUACGGCGGAGGCGCCUGUGGGGGCAGCUACGGGGGUGGCAUGAGCAUGGGUGGCAUUGGUGGCGGCUUUAGUGGGGGCUUUGGCGGGGGCUUUGGUUCUGGGGGGGACAUGCUGCUGACUGGCAAUGAGAAGGUGACCAUGCAGAACCUCAACGACCGCCUGGCUGCUUACCUGGAGAAGGUGCGAAGGCUGGAGGAAGAAAAUGCCGAGCUUGAGCACCACAUCCGGGAGUGGUACAGGAAACAAGCUCCCAGCGUUUCCAAGGACUACAGCUCCUACUACCAGGCSAUCGAACAACUCCAAAAUCAGAUCAUUUCUGCCACUGUGGACAACAACAGAAUGCUGCUGGACAUUGAUAACAGCAAGAUGACUGCCGAUGACUUCCGAAUGAAGUAUGAGAAUGAGCUGGUCAUCCGUCAGACYGUGGAGGCUGACAUCAAUGGCCUGAGAAAUCUCCUGGAUGGUCUCACUACCACUCGGUCUUCACUGGAAUCCGAGCUGGAGUCUUUGAAGGAUGAGCUGAUGUCUCUGAAGAGAAACCAUGAGGAGGAAAUGAGGCAGCUCCAGUCCCAGACUGGUGGAGAUGUGAGCGUGGAGGUCAAUGCUGCUCCUGGAGURGAUUUGACAAAGACCCUGAAUGACCUGAGAUSCGAAUAUGARCAGAUCAUYSAGAAGAACCGCAAGGAGGUGGAGCAGUGGUAUGAGGUCAAGAUUGAAGAAGUCAAUCGCGAGGUCACUUCCAGCAGCCAGGAUUUCCAGACAAGCAGCCACCAGCUCACCGAGCUGAGGCGCGAGAUGCAGAACCUGGAGAUCGAACUGCAGGCGCAGCUCAGCACGAAAAGCUCUCUGGAAAACUCYGUGKCAGAAACYGAGUCUCGCUACRGCYGCMUGCUUCAACAAAUCCAGGGGCAGAUCUGUGCCGUCGAGGAGGAGCUGGCCAGCAUCCGCUGUGAGAUGGAGAGCCAGAACCAGGAGUACAAGAUGCUGCUGGGCAUCAAGACCCGCCUGGAGCAGGAGAUCCARCAGUACCGGGCACUGCUGCAGGAGGGRCAGCAGGACCUUGUAUCGUGUCAAGGAUCUUCCCAAGGAGGAGGAAUGUCCUCCCACUCUUAUUCUUCUUCCCACUGUCAUGGUCAAUCCAGUGAUAAGGGAGGGCAGUCAAGAGUGUGUUAAGACAUCACCAGCAUGUUGGGCUUCCCUGAUCCAGUCAGCGCCAUGGGAGCAGCCCAGCCCACAGCGUGAUAACGUACAGACCACACCCAGAGUGACCUACCCCAUGCACAGACUGCCCUACAACGCUAAUAAUGAAGUCAAAAUUAAUAAUUCCUAGGCUUUUCUUAAAAUUAUCUACUUCUCACUUUUCACUGUGAUCACUGUACUUGCACACAGGCAUCUGCAGUGCACUUGGUGCUCUACUGCAUGACAAUGCCUCAAAUAAAGCUUUACCUUUCUGCAAUGCAAAGAAAACGCUGUGUCCAGCAGUCUA